UGGUGCAGGCCCUCCCUGGCCCUCAGUUAGGACCGGUGGUGCAGGUCUUUGGUGCCCCUCUGCCGGGCCGUCCCCGGCCUGCAGCAGCCUGUGCCUCGUCUCCUCCCCAGGCCCCUUGCUCUCACUAACCUGUGAAGCUCUCUUGACGCCCAGCCUGAGAGAGGCUGCACUCCCCUCCCCCCUCCCUUGUCGCUGCUGUCCCGUUGGCUCUAGGGGACAGGGAAUUCCUAUUCCCAGGAUGGACCCAAGUUGGCAGCACCGGCCUGGGGCAGAAGCCGGGGUUGGUUGAGGGGCAGAGUGCAGGGACACGGAGGUUGCUGCCCUUUCCCUGGUGUUGGCCUGGGGCGGGGAUACCUGAUUGUGGCCGCACAGCCUCCAGGGGCUGGGGCUCUGGGGGCAGCAGGUGGGCGCAGGGUGGUCCAGGCACGUGGCCUAUGGCUGUGGCACCCUCCCCCACUUCCUGUGGAGUGUGGAUGGGUGCUGGUAACCAAAGCUGAGCCCACGCGGGCGGUAGGCUGCGAUGGACACAGGCUGGGGGCCGGGGUGGUGUUUCCCAGGGGCCAUGGGACACUGGGCUGGGUGGUAAAUGUCACUGAGGGGCAUCUGCAGCCUUUGGUCAGUAGCCGCCCAUGGCCAGGGGAGAUCUGGUGGAUGGACAGACAGACCAACCAGAGACAGGGCACCCGCAUGGCUCUGAGGGGGAGGGGGCUGUGUUUAAACUCCAGUCCUGUUCCUCCCUCCCAGGGCCCUGGAAGAUGAGCCAGGCCUGGGUCCUGACCCUCUGGGAGGGGCUGGCUGGUCCUCAGUGGGCCCCUCUGGACCUUCCCCUGCACCCUGCCUUGGCUGGACCUCAGGGUCUGACAGAUGUUUUGAUCUUGAUCCAAGAGGGUACCUGAAACCAGCACGAGGUGACACUUACCCUGAGGGAGGCAGGGGACACAGCUGGCACAUGGCAGACUCGGGGGCAGGCCUUCCCCGGAGCUCGUCCUGGGGGGUGGCUGGCCCUGGGGUGGCCAGAUUGCAGGCAGGCCCAGGCUUGCCUCUUGGGGGUGGUGCCUCACAACGGCCUCCCGGGCAGCCCGACCUGCACAGGACAGGACAUCGGCUCUCCCUCCCGCUUGGAAACCGAGGCUACUGCCCGUCCGGAGCACCUCUGCCUUCAGGCCCAGCUCAGACCAGUUUUCCCAGCUCCCUUCAGACCAGCACGUGGGCCUCUGCCUGUCAGGGCCCACUGCUGGGAAUGCCCUUUCUUUUCUGUGGGGCCUGGUGCAGUGUCACCUCCUCCAGGAGGUCCUCACACAGGCUGUUCCUUAGUGUCCUCGCUCUUUUGCAGCCCUGGUUGCACUUUCGGUGUCUCUGGUGCUCAGAUCCAUGUCUGUUUCGUGGCUCGGACGGGGCCCCAAGUGUGGGGCCAGGAGCUCGCCAGGGCGCAGGGCUGACCCAGUGGCUGAGCGGCAGUGGGCUAAGCAAGCCGGUGGUGGGCGUCCACAGGGCUGGGCUCUAGGGCCCCAGGGCCAGCCCCGUCCUCAGAGACCCCUUGGGGAGGGGUCAGGGCCAGGCGGAACAGCCCGGAGGACGGGAGCCUGCCUCGCUUAGUGGUGUCCAGCUGGCAGGGUUCUGGCCCCUCAUGCCCCCUGCCGGCUGGAACCCCGCUAGCAUCGGUUCUGGCCGCCCCCGGCGGUGCUGGCCCAGGCCCUGGCCCCCCGCACUGCCUUUUGUUCACUGAAUGCUGCUCAGAGCCCUGGGAGCUGCUGGGCAGGGUGUCCAGGGUCGGGGAGCAGGAGGGUGGCAGGAAGUGACAGAGCAGCAGGACCACAGGACACAGGAGAGACAGCCCAGGACAGAAGCCGGGCCGGGGAGAGGGCCGUCCACUGUCCGGUCAUCAUCACUGAAUCAUCACGUCCUGCGGGCUGAGCUGCCCGGCGCAGGCACACCCUUCCCCAGCUGCUCCCGGGGCUGCUGCGCUCUCAGGAGGCCCGCCUGCCCCUGCUGCCCUCCUGUCGCCCUUUGUCCAGUGGCCCAAGGGAGCUUCAGCAAUGAAAACCUGAUCUCUGCUCUACCCACUUGGGACCCCUCCUGCCCCUCGCCCUGACUAAUGGUACCCAGAAGUCGUGGGACUUCAUGAAGAUCCAUGACAGCUGUGACCCAGCCUGGGCCUCAGUCUGCCCAUCUGAGCAAGGGACACCACCUUCCUGGGCUGUGGAGGAGAGGAGUGUGACCAUUCUCAUGUUCAACUCUUCUCGAAGGAGCCUGGUGUUGGUGAAGCAAUUCCGGCCAGCUGUGUACGCUGGCGAGGUGGAGCGCCUCUUCCCGGGGUCCCUGGCCGCCGUGGACCAGGACGGGCCCCGGGAGCUGCGGCCCGCGCUGCCGGGCUCGGCAGGGGUGACGUUCGAGCUGUGCGCCGGCCUCGUGGACCAGCCCGGGCUCUCGCUGGAGGAGGUGGCCUGCAAGGAAGCGUGGGAGGAGUGCGGCUACCACCUGGCCCCCUCUGACCUGCGCCGGGUCGCCACGUACAAGUCUGGUGUGGGAGUGACCGGCUCCAGCCAGACCAUGUUCUACGCGGAGGUGACAGAUGCCCAGCAGGGUGGCCCAGGCGGGGGCCUGGCCGAGGAGGGCGAGCUCAUUGAGGUUGUGCACCUGCCGCUGGAUGGCGCCCGGGCCUUCGCAGAUGACCCGGAUGUUCCCAAGACCCUCGGCGUCAUCUUUGGUAUCUGGUGGUUCCUUAGCCACGUGGCCCCUGGCCUGGGUCCCCAGUGAAACUCCAGGGUGUCUGGACGAGCCCAGUUCUGGACACUUGCCCUGCAAACCCAAUAAAGGCUGGUGUAGCUCUA